AGUGUGGCGGUCCGGCCUCCGCAGGCUGCCCCCGGCGAAGCUGCUGCGGGCUUCGGCGGCCAGCUACCCGGGGACGCUCAUCCCUGGCCGGAGUUCCGACUUCCUUCCCCGAUACAGACGCCACCGAUCUUCUCCCGGAUCCUCUUCCUCCGUAACCCGCUGCCUUUCUUUUUCCUUCCUCCCGGCUCCCAUCUCCCGAAUCCGCGCUUCCCUCCCCUGCUCCGGGGCCCCGGAGCCGACCAUCCCCAUCAUCCACCUGCCAUCCUCCUGGCUUCUUGCCCCUCCUUGACCUCAGAUCCCGUGACCGACGGAGCCCUGGCAUAACCUUCUCACCAGACUCUCCUAAACUUCUUUUCCUUCUCUUUUUGCCAGCUCCUGACUCCCAAAUUCCAGCUAACCCUUGACCUCUUGACCUCUGACCCUAACAUUCUGGACUCCAGACCUCUAAAUUCCUAUCUCCUGCAGCGGAAGGCGGGGGGACUGCUGACACGGAGGCCUCCCCCUGAGUUCUGACCCCGUUUCUGAAGCUUGUUUUUACUUUCUUACUCCUGGGCCACUUCCUGUUACUGCUACCCCACCAUGGACUUCUUGAUGAGUGGCCUGGCAGCCUGCGGGGCCUGUUUGUUCACCAACCCCCUGGAAGUGGUAAAGACCAGGAUGCAGUUGCAGGGAGAACUGCAGGCCCCGGGCACCUACCAGCGGCACUACCGAAACGUCUUCCAUGCCUUCAUCACCAUCGGCAAGGUGGAUGGCCUGGCUGCCCUGCAGAAGGGACUGGCCCCUGCUCUCUUAUACCAGUUCCUGAUGAAUGGCAUCCGCUUGGGCACCUACGGGCUGGCUGAGGCUGGGGGCUACCUGCACACGGCCGAAGGCACCCUCAGCCAACCCCGCAGCGCUGCAGCUGGGGCCCUGGCUGGGGUCAUGGGAGCCUACCUGGGGAGCCCCAUCUACAUGGUGAAGACACACCUACAGGCACAGGCGGCCUCAGAAAUUGCUGUAGGGCAUCAGUAUAAGCACCAGGGCAUGUUUCAGGCGCUAAGCGAGAUUGGCCAGAAACAUGGUCUGGUGGGGUUGUGGCGUGGGGCCCUGGGCGGCCUGCCCCGAGUUAUCAUCGGUUCCUCCACCCAGCUGUGCACCUUCUCAUCCACCAAGGACUUCAUCACGCAGUGGGAGAUAUUUCCUCCCCAGAGCUGGAAGGUGGCCCUGGUGGCUGCCAUGGUGAGUGGCAUCGCAGUGGUCCUGGCCAUGACACCCUUUGAUGUGGUCAGCACGAGGCUCUACAACCAGCCCACCGACGCUCGGGGCAAGGAUCUGACUCCAGUCUCCAUUCUUGGGGAAAUGUCUUUAAUGAAGAUGUUGAACUACUUCGGGACAAACGGACUCUGCGUACAAGUUUCAUACACACGCCUGUGAGCAAAGGAAGCGAUGGACGGCUGUCAGCAAGUCUGGACGGCCUCCAAAACCUGUGACUGCAGGAUGCCAGGGUGCAGCAGCAGGGGUGAGUGGGCCUCCGGGCUCUGCCCUUACAAGCUGUGUGACCCUAGGCCAUUUAUAUAAUCCUUACCCUUAAUUCCCCCUUUGUAAAAAAAAAAGGGGGGGUGGGAAGGGGCACCUAUCAAGUACCUUGCGGAAUUCCUGUGAAAAAUACUUUAGAUACAGACACACUUGGUUCAUGGCACGUGCCAUAUAUAGCCAUGGUUUGAUUUUUUUAAGUUUAUUUAUUUAGGUAAUCUCCAUACCCAAUGUGGGGCUCGAACUCACGACCCUGAGAUCAAGAGUCACAUGCUCUUUGGACUGAGACAGCCAAGUGCCCUAGAGCUAUUAUUUUAAAAUUCUAUCAGAUCAUAAAACCCCUGGGGGCAGUGACAGUGCUUGGCACUGUAGCUAAUCACCAAACAUUAAUGGAAUGAAUGAAUGAACGGAGGGAGGGAGGAGAGAAGGAAGGAAACGGAUGGAUGGAUGGAUGGAGGCAGGAAGAAAUGAAUGGAAUGGGAUGGGAUGAAGGCAGGCAGGCAGGCAGGCAGGCAGGCUAAAGGCUAAAGGCUUAAUUCUAGGGAAGCAGGUGCUGACCAUUUCUUUCAGGAAGGGAGCUGCUACAUUGAGGAGCAAACACUUGAGUUCAGAGGCCUGCACUGGGGUAGCCCUAGGACACAGCUGGAGACCCGCUCAGAGAAACUUCUGCAAACUGCUUACACAGCACAGCGCAACAUUUUAAAAAGCGGAAUCCAGAAUCCAGAAAACUUCUGUUUUUCUGAUGAGAACAUGCAGGUCCUGACUUGCAUGCUUUCAUACACCCACAAGCCCCUCAACCCCCGUUG